CCCCUUUAAAUAAUGCACACAUGCGUAAAUCGCUCUCUCUCUUUCUUGAUCGCUCUCCGCGCACACUGGGCCGUGAGACUUGGUCACCUCACUUUCAUCUCGUGUAGGAGUAUUUUUUUAGUUCGACUGAUUUCUUUGCGAAGGCACACUACACCGCCGAAUGAAGUCGUCUCACUUUUUUAACCAAGUGUUCAAGUGCGUUAAAGUUUGUGUAACUUUGUCCGCUGACGCUGCAGGUGUGUAUGCACCUGGUGCGGAAGGUAAUAGUCUGAGCAGAAGGAGAUUGGCGUCACCGUGUGAGUAGCUUUGCUGACAACCGUAUGCUUGUGUUUUAUUUGCAUUUGGCCAUUAAGACAGGACGACUGACAUCCCAGAUGGACUCAUCAGUGGAAGGAUUAAAAAACAGAUAUUAGUUUAUUCUUUUUUUUUUUUUUUUGGACAAGGCUCACUCGUAUUACACGUUGCUGCUGUUCCGGGAGAAUUGCCUUUCCCUGCCUCCCUCUGUCUGCCGUUAACAGGUGGAAACUGUCGGUUAUGGGGAAUCAGGUGGAGAAAAUUACUCACUUAAGUUACGAAGAAGUUCCCACCGCCGACCCUAACGGUCUGGAUACAGACGACGGUCCACGGAUUGGCGUUUCUUACAUUUUUUCGAAUGACGAUGACGACGACCUGGACAAUCCAAACGCCAAAGGGGAAGGCGAUCCCGAAGAGGAAGAGGGACAGCAGUACGAAAAGUGCAAUGAGCUGGAGUACGCCGUCUUUUACAGGGGAGAGUGUGUCUACGACAGAAGAGCAGGCGACGUGAGGAUCUACUCGCCGGAAAAUCUGCUCAACAAGUGCAAAGCGGGCGACCUGGUGGAGUUUGUGGCCAAAAGCCAGUACCCGCAUUGGGCUGUGUACGUUGGAGACUUCCAGGUGGUUCAUUUGCACCAGGCGGAGAUCAAAAACGAUUUUCUGACGGAUGCCAGUCAGGGGAGAAGGGGACGCAUUGUGAACGACGUGUACAAAUUUAAAACGUUAAACCCCGAAGCUGUGGUCCAAAAUGCCAUGGAGCAGGUAGGCACCAAGGAUAGGGACCUGAGCUGGAGGAACUCUGAGUGCUUCGCCGCCUGGUGCCGCUUCGGCAGACGGGAGUUUAAGGUCGGCGGUGAAAUUCGGAUUGGCAAACAGCCUUACAUGUUCAGAAUCCAACUGUCAGAGAAAAAGAGCCACACGUUAGAAUUUCAGAGUUUGGAAGACUUGAUAAUGGAAAAAAGGAGAAACGAUCAGAUUGGAAAGAGCGCGGUGCUUCUGGAGCUAGCCAGUCAUCUGAACCCGGAGGAGGAAGGGACAGCUGAUCACAACGGCAACUGAAGGCGGCUCGGGGUGCGGUUGCACCCGUUCAUAAUGACACUCCUUUAUUGUUUUGCAAGUUUGUUCACUUCUCUGUCCCAUGCGGUGCGGGGAGACGCACCCGAGGGAUGAGCCUCAGGUGUGUCGCUCGUUGCUACGGAUUCUUGUGAGCCACUUUCAGAACUUGGCCCCUGUCGUCGCGAAUACCUCGUAAAACGAGUGGCGGUUGGUUUUAAAUCGGGUGAAUCUGAAACAGGAUUAAAAGAGCACCUUUGAAACUUCAACACCUCCAAAACGUCGUGUUACUGGUGCAUGUGAGCGAUCAGCUGGUGUGCCCUGCUGCUUUGCAACAAGGACUGGACGGGAUUACGGAGGUGCAAGAAAUGGAUGUGUAUUUUAAAUUACAAUGCACACAUUUUAAGAGUGCAUAUUUACGGACUUUUGAAAGAAAUGAACCACGCAGUUUUUUUUUCUUCAACGAGUGAAUAAUAAAGUGCACAUUUUUAGUCACUUUCUCUUGUUAAAUACCAUACUUGGCAUCUUUAAUUGCUGGUGUGUUUGUAAGACCUUGGCUAAAUUACUAGUUUUCAUACUUGGCUGAAAGGUAUAGAAUGGUUAUAAGAUUACAGUAUGCGGGGCACAGUGGAUGCUGCUUUUCAAAUAGUUAAAUGUGGAAAUAUAAUUUUGGAAUAGUUAAAUGCUCUUAAAGUCACACGUGUAUAUGCAGCAUAGCACUGGCCCCAGAUGGACUGUUGUUACCUUCAGUGUGUGUGUGUUGGGCUGAAGCUGCCAGUAAAGACUAAGGCUCCACUUAAUCAGGAAGCUGAUCGAUACUGUGUAAUAUGAUUAUCUGUCCAGUGUGGUAUUCUGCCGUGACUCCAGUGCUGCAUGAGUAGGCCUAAACCCCAUGCCCCCCCCCCCCCCCAAUUAAAUUAAGCAGAUAUUCAUUCAUAAAAGUAAAGCUGCCAAGUAGAACUCUACAAAUAUGUCAUUGGGAAAACAUUUUUGGUUUCCAAAAGAACCAUCCACAAGUAGGUUCCAGAAGAAUCUUUAUAUUUAGAUCACUAAUGAAUAGAUGAUAACAUAUUUGCAAAAUGUCAGUGGGUCCCUGGUUUUAAAAGGACUCUUGCAGCAAACAAUGACACAG